GUAUUUGGUAUACAAUAAUUAAAAGCAGAUAUUUCCUUUGAGUGAGUUCUCACAACUUCAUUUUCAUUGUCAUCUCAAUGCUUUGAAGUGAUUGGAGGAAGCUACCAUUCUUUCUCUGUGUUCUUCAUCACACUUUUUGAUUGUUGUCAGGUCACAGAUUUGUUUUGUGAAGUGAAGUAAUGUCACCUUACUUGAAGUUAUUUUUAAGCACGCGACGGCUGGGGACCUUCUCUAAUGUAAAUGAAAAUAUAUAGUUGAGAUGUAGCAUGGCUGCUCUAAUCGCGUGUUGUCAAUUCCUAACGCUAUCACCUCGAGCAAAGGCGUGGCUAAAGAAGCAAUUGAUUCAACUGGACUUGUACGAGACAAGAGUUGGUAAAGUAGAAGAUGUUGUGGAGAAGCUCAAGAAGAAGAGAGAUUCUAUUCAAAAUACAGUGGACGAGGAAGAACGUCGACAUGGAAGAAAAAUUCACGUUGAAGUUAAGGAAUGGAUGCACAAGGUGGAUAAACUCAUUCUCAUAUAUAGGAAUUUCCAUAAUGACGAAAUAUGCCAUAAAUGUGCGGUGUUUGAAUUUUUCGAGAGUGGUUUCCUUCCGAAGCCAGGGAUAAGGUAUCGUCGAAGUAGAAAAGCAGAUGAUAUCACAAAGCAGGCAAAUGGGUUACUACAAAAUGCAAAGUUUGACAUUUUAUCUUAUUGGUCUGGCCCACCCUCCAUGGCUGCCUUUUUUUCUAACCUUGGUUAUGAAAGUUAUUCAUCAAGAAAUGAUACUGUGAAAAAGAUUACUGAUGAAUUUCAAAAGCCAGGUGUUAGAAUGAUUGGUCUUCAUGGGUUGAGUGGCGUUGGCAAGACUUCUUUAGUGAAAGAGGUUGUGAAGAAAGCCUUGAAAGAUAAGAUGUUCGAAGUGGUGACCAUGGCAAGCAUGACAAAAAAUCCCGACGUAAGCAAAAUACAAGGACAAAUUGCUGACAUGUUGGGGGUUGUAUUAGAGGAGGAAAGUGACAUUGCAAGAGCUGCUAGGAUACACCAGAUAUUGAAUGAUGAGAAUAAGAGCACGCUCAUAAUCCUAGACGAUCUUUGGGAAGAAGUGAACUUUAACCUUCUGGGGAUUCCACGUGAACUAGAGAAAGAUGAUGGCAUAAUAAAUGUGAAAGGAAAAUCCCUUGAUGUUAAUAGCUUGAAGAAUUUCAGUGAUGGAAAGUCCCCCGUCCUUGAUGGUUCGGCAAGUUUCAAAAAAAAAGUAAAAUCCCCCGAUUAUGCUGACUCUGUGGAUGUCAAGAAAGGAGAAUUCUUUGAGGGUGCUUUAAAGAAUGUCAACGAAGGAAAACCCCCCAUUGAUGCUUCUGAUCGGGCGAAAAUCGAAAAAACCGUUCCUCGGUACAAAGGAUGCAAGAUUUUGAUGAUUUCUGAAAUCAAACAAGUGUUGCUAAAUCAAAUGGAAGGGAAAGAAGAGUAUAUUUUCCCCGUGGAAGUCUUGAAGGAGAAGGAAGCAGAGAUGUUGUUUAAGAAAAAGGCUGGAAUAGAUGCCAAGAAUUCUGAAUAUGACAAAUUAGCAGCUCAAAUUGCUAGCAAAUGUAAAGGGUUGCCAAUGACAAUAGUUACCACUGCAAGGGCAUUGAAAAAUAAGAGCCUUUCGAUAUGGGACGAAACUAAUCGAAAACUUGAAUCUCAAAACUUAACUGGAGCACCUGAAUUUUCUACAAGGUUGAGUUAUGAGCUUUUAGAAGAUGCAGAACUCAAGUACACUUUCUUGCUUUGUGCUCGUAUGGGUCAUGAUGCAUUGAUUAUGAACUUAGUGAAAUAUUGUAUUGGUUUUGGUUUUCUUCGAGGAAUCAACACAGCAAGGCAAACCAGAGACAAAGUACAUACAUUGGUUGCAAAGUUAAAAGAGUUAGGUAUGUUGUCUGACAGUUAUUCAAGUGACCAUUUUACCAUGCCAGAUACUGUUCGCAGAGCAGCUUUGUCCAUAGCAUAUGAGGAAAAUCAUUUAUUUACAAUGACAAAGGAAAAGGUAGAUGAAUGGCCCGAUGAACUUGAACAAUAUGCUGCUAUUUCGUUACAUCAUUGUAACUUCAUUGAAGAGUUUCCUGCGACAAUAAAUUACCCAAGACUUAGGGUCCUUGAAAUUGUCAACAAUAUUUCACGUUCGAAAAUGCCCAAAAACUUCUUCAAAGGAGUGAAGGAACUCAGAGUGUUGAUAUUGACUGGUAUUCAUCUCCCCCUUAUUGAUUCAUCAAUUUCAUCCUUGCAUAAGCUUAGAAUGCUUUGUUUGGAGCAAUGUCGCAUGCAAGAUGAGGAACUAUCCAUCAUAGGAGAGCUGAACAGGUUAAGAAUUCUAAGUUUUUCAGGAUCUAAUAUUAAAAGUUUGCCAAAUGAGUUGAAUGAGUUGAAAAUGCUACAAAUUUUUGACAUAAGUAAUUGCUCUAAACUUAAAAAAAUUCCAUAUGGUGUCAUAUCAAGCUUGGUAAGUUUGGAGGAGUUGUAUAUGAGAAAUACCUCGAUUCAAUGGGAGGAUGAAGAUCAAUCACGCCAAAGUAAAAUAACUCUUCUUUCUGAUUUGAAACAUUUGAAUCAAUUAACUGCUCUAGACAUACAAAUCCCAAAUGUUUCCUAUUUGCCAAAGAAUUUGUUUUUUGACAACUUAUAUAGUUACAAGAUUAUUAUUGGAGAUUUGAGUUCAUUUUCAGAGACUGAUUUCAAGAUGCCGGAGAAAUAUGAAAUGAUAAAAUUUCUAGCAAUACAAUUGAAAAAUGGGUCUGACAUUCAUUCUCUGAAGGGGAUUAAAAUGUUGUUUGAAGGAGUUGAGAAUUUGUUCCUAGAACUUAAUAGUGUCCAUGAAAAGCGCAAUAGUGUUCAUGAAGCCCAUAAUAUUGUCCACGACCUUUUUUAUAGAUUGAAUUUAAAAGGAUUUCCAUGUCUUAAACAUUUAUGGAUUGUAAAUAAUUCUACCCUUCAAUCUCUCAUCCAUCCAAAGGACAGGCAGGAACAUGAGAAAGCUUUUCCAAAAUUAGAGUCGUUAAGUCUCCAUAAUGUUAAGAUGGAUGAAAUAUGCUCAUGUAAACUUUCAGAACCCUCUUUUGGUAAACUGAAAGUCAUCAAGAUCAGUCUCUGCGGUGAAUUGAAGAAUGUCUUCUCAAUUUCUAUGGUUAUACUUUUAAAAUUUCUUGAAACAAUUGAGGUUUCUGAAUGUAACUCUUUGAAAGAAAUUAUUGAUAUGGGACCACAAAGCAACCCUGAAAAAACUGAGCUUCUUAUGCUUCCUGAAUUACGACAUUUGAAGCUACAAUCUUUAUGUGAGUUUGUUGGGUUUGAUGCCAUUCCUCAGACAGGAGGAGAGGAAAGAAAACUCUUCCAUGAAAAGGUUAGAGUUUCAAAAUUAGAGAGACUGGAGUUGUCCUCGAUCCAGAUUGACGUAAUAUGGAGUGUCAUUGAUCAAUCUUCAAAAAGAUUAUCUUUUGAAAAUUUGACACAUUUGGACGUUAAUGGUUGUUGGAAAUUAAAAUAUUUGAUGUCACUUACAAUGGCCAAGAGUCUGGUGAAUCUUCAAAGCCUUUAUGUAAGUGACUGUGAGAAGAUGAGAAGUAUCUUCCUCCUUGAACAAAAUAGAGAGAAGGAUGUUACGGGUAACAUAUUUCCAAAAUUGAAGAAUAUGAAACUUUGCAGCAUGAAGAGUCUGAGUCAGAUAUGGAAUCCGAAGCUCGCUUCAGACUCCUUUAGCAAACUAGACACUCUAAUCAUUGAGGAGUGUGACAAACUUGAAAAUGUAAUGGAAGGAAUAUUUGUGAGUAUAUGUAACUUGAGAGUUACAAAUUGCAUGUCCAUGCAAGCAAUAUUUAAUAUUCGUGAGCAAGUUGGGGAUGCAGCUAAUAACUUGCAAGAUGUUCAUUUAGAAACACUCCCUAAAUUGAAGCUUGUAUGGAAAAUGAAUUAUGAAGAUAGAGUUGGGAUUCCUAAGUUUAACAAUCUGAAGAAGAUAUGGGCUCAAGAUUGUCACAGCUUGGAAUAUAUAUUUCCAUUUUCUGUAGCCAUGAGUCUUGAUAAUCUGGAAUCUCUUGUGGUUUGUGAUUGCUAUGGAUUGAGUGUCAUUGUUGCUGAAAGGGAAACUACCAACACAGAUAGAGCCAGAUUUAACUUUGCUAAACUAAGCACCAUCAAAUUUUCAAAACUUCCAGAACUUACGAGUUUCUGUCCAACAACUUAUGAUUUAUCAUGUCCAUUGAAUGAGUUGUCUAUUGAACUUUGUGACAAUCUAGAACCAUUCAGCAAAGGAACAGAGCAUGCACAAAGAAAUCAUGGACAUGUAUUCUUUCCUAAAGAGGUGAUCAAUAACUUGAAGUCCAUGCAAAUUGAGUCUUGGCAUGCAAAGUCACCAAGCAGUUAUAUGGGUAAAAGAAACCAUCGAAGGAAUAACUUAGAAGAGCUUUCCUUAUCUAGAUUAAUGGAUACUGACAUUUUAUAUUCUUUCCUACAUAGAAAUCCUAAUUUGAAAAGCCUAUUAUUGAAUAAUUGUUUCUUUGAGAAGAUUGUACCUCCAAAGGAAGGUACUGAAAUUGAAAACUUGGGAGUAGUUCCAAAUCUGAAAAGCUUAACGUUGAUAGACUUGCCGAAUCUCAAAGAGAUAGGCUUUGAACCAGACAUAAUUCUUGAAAGGCUAGAGUUAUUGAUUUUGAAGAAUUGUCCUUGUAUGAUUACUAUAGCACCUUCCUCUGUAUCUUUUACUCGUCUGACAAAUCUAGAAGUGGUCAAUUGUGAUAGAUUGCAAAGUCUAAUGUCAGCAUCUACUGCAAAAACUUUGGUUCAGCUCAAGACCAUGAAGGUAGUUAAAUGUGAAUCCAUGAUGGAAAUAGUAAGAAAAGAUGGAGAAAAAUUUGACAGAGUUGUUUUUCAACAAUUGAAAACCCUAGAGCUUGUUUCACUGAAGAAACUCAAGAGUUUUUGUGUCUCUGAUUGUGGCUUUGAAUUCCCAUCAUUGGAGAAAUUGGUAGUGAGUGCAUGUUAUAAUAUGGCUAAAUUUUCUGAAACAGUCACCAUCUCACCAAUUUUACAGAAUAUACAUGUUGUACAUGGAAAAGAGAACAAACGACUGUGUUGGGAAGGAGAUAUAAAUGCUACAAUAAAAAAAAUAUUCGAGGAAAAGAAAUUUUUUGAGGGUAUGGAGGAGAUGAGCCUCUCCCAACACAAAGAGCUACAUAAAAGCUGGAAACGUGGAGCUGGUCUGCAAGAGCAAAAUAGUCAGUUUUAUAGUUUGAAAAUUUUAAAGCUUGAGAACUGUGUAAUUAGACCAUGUGCAAUUCCAUCAAAUAUUCUUCCUUAUUUGAGGAGCGUAAAAGAACUGCAAGUACGAGGUUGCAACAAUGUACGUGUAAUUUUUGAGAUGAAUGCUAAAGAAGGUACUGGAACAACAUUUCAGUUGCAGAAAUUGAUUUUAGAACAGCUGCCAAAACUUGAGAAUGUGUGGGAAAGUAACGGUAAAGGAACUGAGAGCUUUCAAAAUCUGAAACUAGUCCAUGUCAGUAAAUGUGAAAAGCUGCAAACUGUGUUUCCUUUUACCUUGGCAAAAAAUCUGAAGAAGCUUGUCAAACUUGAAAUAGUAUCUUGUGGUGGAUUGUAUGAAAUUGUUAAAAAUGAAGGGGACACAACAACGAUGUUUGUUCUCCCUUGCUUAACUACACUUUAUCUUUGCGAUAUGCCAGAGCUCAUUUACUUUUACCGACAAUCAUUCACUUUGGAUUGCUCUGCGUUAAAUACAUUGGCCGUGGUGGGUUGCCCUGAGUUGGAGCUAUUUGGAAGUGCUAACAGACAAUCCAUUUUCUUUGAUCUAAAGGAUAUUUGCAACAUUGAGGUACUGUUACUUGACUGGCAACACAUAUUGGUAUUAAGGACAAAGUUGGGAGAACCUAUGGACAACCUCGAAUCUUUGAAUCAUAUUCACUUGUGCUUUCUUGUUGAUGAAAAUGAAAGACCUUAUUUGCCCAUUCAAAUACUCCAGAAGAUGCCCAAUUUAACACAAAUGAGUAUAUACUAUUGCAGUUGCCUCGAGGUAUUCCAAACUCAAAUCUCGGAAAUUGAUGAAAAAGGGGUGCUUACACACUUGAAAACAUUGACAUUAGAUAGUGUGUCAAAACUCCAGUCCAUUGGGUCGGAGGACUCACCAUGGUUAAACGUGAUUUGUGAUAGUGAAAAGCUCCAAGAAUUGCAUGUUAUCGAUUGUCCUGAUUUGAAAACAUUGGUGCAUUCUACUCCUUCAGUGUCUUUCACAUAUGUGAAAAAAAUGUACAUAAACAACUGUAAAGAAUUGAAGUAUUUAUUCACAUUAUCAUCAGUGAACAAGUUAGAGAACCUUGAGCAUAUAGAAAUCAAUGGCUGUGAAUCAAUGGAAGCAAUAGUCUUGAAAGAAGAGAAAGACAUUGCAACAGAGAUCAAAUUGCAGAAGUUAAGGCGCAUGGAUCUAACUCUUUUACCAAAAUUGGAAUAUUUUUAUUCAAGCAAUGACACUUUACACUUACCCUGCUUGACGCAAGUGGGCAUAUGGAUGUGCCCCAAGAUGGAGUUUUUCUCUGGAGGAGAGAUACACCUGAAUUCUUCUUUUAGAGGAAUUCAAGCUUCAAACGGCUCAAGUGAUGACUUGGUCUUCUACCAUGAUCUUAACUCUUCGGUAGAGAUGGUGUUCCUACAACAGGAGUUUUUUAAGGCCGUGGGCAAGGAAUGCUUUUCUGAUAAUCUUGAGCUACAAACAGACAUUCGUUGUAAAACUGGUCUACAAAACAAUUGGUUGGCGAAUUUGGAAACUUUGAAAUUGCAGAACUGUAAGCUAUCAUAUGCAAUUCCAUCUUCUAUUCUUUGUCUUUUAAAUAACUUAAAAGAGUUAGAAGUACGAGAUAGCGACAAAGUAAAGGCAAUUUUUGAUAUGAAUGAUGACACUGAGAUUAAGGAAACAGAAUCCCAGUUGAAGAUAUUGACUUUAAAUAGGCUAUCAGAGCUUACACAUGUAUGGGAAAAGGACACUCACAGAAUUCUAAUCUUUCGCAAUCUGCAAGAGGUUGUUGUUAGUGAUUGUUCAAAGCUGCCAACUUUAUUUCCUGCUUCCCUAGCCAAAUGUCUUGACGAUCUAAAGAAGCUUAAAAUAGAUUUCUGUGAAAAUUUGCAUGACUUUGUUGAACAGGAAGAAACAACAUUUGUAACUGAAAAGUUUGUGUUCCCUUGUCUAGAGGAUUUGGAACUUAAUGACUUGCCUCAGGUCACUUGUCCUAAAACAUUCACUCUGGAAUUCCCCUCGAUAAAAUUCUUAUCUGUGAGGAAUUGUGAUGAGUUAGGGUUAUUUCAAAGUGUGUAUGAUCCCAUGGGUGAGGGUACUUCAAGCAGCAGACUUCCUCUUAUAUCAGAUCCGAAGGUUAUUUCCAACCUGGAGAAACUGACUCUUGACUGUAAACAAAUUUUGGCAUUAAGCUUAUGGUUUAAGUCACAAAAAUCUACAGAGGGCCUCACAAAUUUUAACACCAUUUCCUUGUCGUUCUUUGGCAUUGAUGGAAAUGAAGUGCCUAUGUUGCCCAAUGAAAUACUCAAGGCACCAAAUUUAAUAGAACUGGAUAUGAACAAUGGCAAUAAUAUCGAAAAUUUCCUUGCUCAAAACCCCAAGAUUGGCGAGGAGGAGAUGCUGAGACAAUUAACAAUAUUGAGGCUAUGCAAUGUAUCCACUACACAGUUCUUCGAGUUAGAGUAUUGCUCAAGCUUAAACAUAAUCUGUGAGAGGCUCCACAAAUUAACUCUUUCCCAAUGUCCUCAUUUGACAACAAUAUUAAGAGUACAUUCUGCGGUGUCUUUCUCUUGUCUGAAAGAACUAAAUAUUUACAGAUGUCCAAACUUGAAGUAUUUAUUUACAUCUUCAGCUGCCAAAGAUUUAAUGAACCUUGAGGAGAUUAGGGUCACCGAAUGUGAAACACUAACAGAAAUAGUUUCCAAAGAGGGAGAUGCAAGUUCAGAAGGCAUUAAAUUUGAUCGACUCCACACCAUUUAUCUACAAUCUUUAACAAGUUUAGUAUGCUUUUAUUCUGGAAGUGACAAUAUAGAAUUAUCAUCUUUGAAAACUGUGGCAAUACGGAGCUGCCCUAACAUGGAGAUUUUCUCCCAUGGAAAUGAAUCCCUUAUGGGAGUUGCGUUAUCCACGGACCAGGGAGCGGAUGAUGUACACCCUCCACAAGAUCUUAACACCAGAAUAAAAGGGAUCUCACAACGAAAGAAGUUUUUUGAAGCAGUGGACAAGGAGUGUUUUUCUGAUAAUAUUGAGCUACAAGAAGAUCUGCAGUGUAAUUUUGGCCUGCAAAACCAAUGGUUGGGAGAUUUGGUUACUUUGAAGCUACAAAACUGUACUCUCCCAUGUGCAAUUCCAUCUGUUAUUCUUUCUCUUCUAAAGAGCUUAAAAGAGUUGGAAGUACGGGAUAGUGCAACAAUAGAGGUACUUUUUUAUAUGAAUGACAAUGAGAUUAUAAAAAUAGCUUCGCAGUUGAGGAUUUUGACCUUAGAAAGGUUAUCGAAGCUGACGCAAGUUUGGGAAAAGAAGAAAAAUGGAGUUCUCAUGUUUCCAAAUCUGCAACGGGUCAUUGUUAGAAGUUGUAAAAACCUGCAAACUUUAUUUCCUGCUUCCCUGGCAAAAAAUCUACGAAGUCUAAAAAAUCUUAAAAUAGAAUGUUGUGCUGAGUUCCGUGAAAUUGUAGAAAAAGAAGAAGACACAGAAGCAAAUUUUGUGCUCCCUUGUUUAGAGAAGUUGGCUCUUCUUUCCUUGCCACAACUCAAUUGCUUUUACGCUCACACAUUCACUUUGGAAUGCCCAGCCUUAAAUAAAAUAUAUGUGUCGGACUGUGACAAAUUGGAGUUAUUUCAAGGUGCAGAUUUAAUGGGGGAAGUUACUUCAGUUAACAGAAAACCUCUAAUUUCAAGUCUAGAGGUCAUUUCCAACCUGAAAAGUUUGCAGCUUGAUUGGAAACAUAUUCUGGUAUUAAGAUCAAGGCUUAGGUCUAAACAAUUUUCUGGCGUCUUCAAAUUUGUAAAUGAAAUGAUUCUGGUCUUGGACGGUGAUAAGAGUGAGAUUCCUAUAGUGCUCAAUGAAAUUCUCCAUACAACACCCAACUUAAAAAAAAUGGGGAUGAUUAUAGACAAUUGCAAUACUACAGAUACUUUUCUUGGUCAAUACCCCAAAAUUGGUGAGGAUGGGAUGCUCUUACAAUUAAGAGAAUUGACACUAUUCUGUGUAUCUGCUAUCCGGACCAACCAAUCAGAGAACUCAUCAUGGUUAAACACAAUCUUCGAGAAGGUUCACGAAAUGCAUACAUUCGAAUGCCCUAAUGUUGAGAAAAUAGGAGUGCAUUCUACUUCUACAAUGUCUUUCUGUUUUUUGAAAGAGGUGUGUGCAUACCAAUGUCCCCAAUUCCAGUAUUUAUUUACAUCUUCAGUCGCAAAAGAGUUAGUGAACCUCAAAGAGAUCACAGUCGUAGAAUGUGAAUCACUAAAAGAAAUAGUGGCCAAAGAGGAAGAUGAAGAUGAACCCAAAGGUGAAGGUGAAUAUAAAUAUGAAAAUGAGAUGAUAUUCAUGAAGCUUGAGGAGUUGACUCUUGUCUCAUUAGACAAAUUAGAAAGCUUUUACACGGGGAGUUCCACUUUGAAUUUCCCAUCCUUGAGAAAAGUGGUUGUCAGAAAAUGCCUCAAAGCCAAAAUUUUCCGUCAUCCUGAUAAAGUGCCUCUAAAAUUUAGGGUGAUAAUAGAUGGAAUCUGUUGUAGUGGUGAUAAAAAUGCUCUGAUCAUGCAACAGUUUGAGGAGGAGGCCUCCUGAAUUAGUUUGGUGACAAAUUCCCUUCACUUUUGCAGGAAAUCAGGGGACUCAAAGAAGGAAAUGACAGCGACAUGACUAUAACUAUCAACAAAUAGAGGGCUUUUUCUUUGUGUUGAAGUGCAGUGUUCAUGAAUUAAGUUUCCCUAUAUACCUACAGGAAACAUGAAUGGUUCUCAACAUAUAUAAGGUUGUUUGUCAAUAAGUGUUGUUCCUAUAUUCAUAAGGAGCAAAUGCGUGUUGCCUUUAAAUUAUAGGAAAGAUAGCGUGUUGCUUUAGGAGAUUUGAACUGGUUUAAAUUAUAAGUUGUUGAAUGUUUUUAUGUUAAUAAACUUGACAUGAUUUUAUUUGUUGAGAAAGAUGCUCCGUGGAUAAGUUGGAAACUGAGCAUUGCAUCUCUGGACAUGUCGUGUUUCAUGAACAAUACUGAAAUGUACUUGUGUGCAUGUCCUAUGGUUCUUAAGUUGUAAAAUGAGCAUUUUUUUUCAAUAAAG